AUGUCCACUCAACUCGAUGCCGUCUCUAUCGCCCGUCUCUCCCUACACGACCCCACGCACUUCAGCAUCCCGCACUCCCAAACCCUUCACCGCUUGGUGCUUCUGCAGCACUGGAACAUUCCCACUGGCUCCAAGGUACUGGAACUAGGAUGCGGGCAGGGGGACUGCACGACUGUCCUUGCCUAUACUGUGGGCGAGCAGGGGAGAGUGGUGGCGGUCGAUCCGGGGGAAUUGGAUUAUGGUGAGUCCUCUCGCUUUUCUGAAGCAGAAAGCAGCCAACUGAGGGCUCCUGCAGGUGCCCCGUAUACUCUCGGCCAAGCACAAGGUCACAUCUCGCAAGGCCCGCUGGGCCGGCGGAUUACUUGGGUCCAACAAGCCCCCCUGGACUACCUCUCCUCCCUCUCCUCCCCCUCUUCCACCUUCUCGCCGCCCGCCAGCAAAAGUAAGGCCUUCCACGCAACAGUGCUCGCCCAUUGCCUAUGGUACUUCGCCUCCCCCUCGCUCAUCCUUUCCACCUUCCGUGCCCUCAAGCAGCACAGCAAGCGUCUCCUCCUUGCUGAGUGGUCGUUAAUAGCGACACACCCCUCCGCCCAGCCUCACGUAUUAACUGCGCUCACCCAGGCAGCGCUGGAGUGCCGUAAACCCAAGCAUAGCGAUUCGAACAUCCGCACGGUGCUGGGGCCAAAGCGGCUUACCGAGCUGGCCCUGGCUGCCGGAUGGCAGCUGGAGAGUGAGACCCUUGUACAAGGUGGGGAGGGGUUAUUGGACGGACAAUGGGAAGUCUCUGCUUGUCUUUCUUCCUCUUUCGAAAGGGAAGUAGAGGAGAAUGUGAGUGAUGAGAGGGAACGGACUGUGGUUCUUGCGUCACGAGAUGCGUGUGAGGCGAGCUUGGAGGGUAUCCAGGGGGGUCUGAAAGGAGUUAGGGCCAUGGAUGUUUGGGUUGCUAAUUUCGUCUGA